UUUCCAGUUGCUGUCUGGUAGCGAUCAGCGUGCAGAGGAAGUGCGUCGUGGAUUCAGCAAAAUACUCUUUGGUGUGUGUUUGCAAAAGACGAAAAACAGCGUGUUUUAAACAUUUCAUCCAAAGGCACUCGUUUCCAGACUAAUCGCACGGUUAAAGUGAUAGCAAAAAGUGGUUCAGUGAAAGGUCGAGCCAAGCGGAUUUCACAUUUCGCGUUGAAGUGAAGUUAGGAGAAGAAGAAGCACAACAUCAAAAUGUCUUUCGCACUGUUGCGAAGCCAUGGCCGCCCAGCGCUGGCAGUGAUCGAGCGGCAAGUUCGAACCCUCUCUUCCGCUCGGACAAUUACCGAUUUUUCGGCUAUGACUACGGUAAAGACGACCGAAAAAAAGAACUACCUGCAACAUAGCCAGCCCAGCAAGAGCUUCGUCUCUACAUCCGUCCGCAAGUACUCGAAGAAAACGGCCGCUCCAGAACGUGCGUACAACAGCGAUUCGGAUUCGGACUCGGAUGACGAGCGUGAUACCACUCCACGGCAGCGCCAACGUAAGGAGCGUGGCAAUUCCGAGUUUUGGCGGCGUAAGAUGCGCACCCUGCACGGUGUGUUGGAUGUCAACAAGGAUGGGGUCAUUUCGUACGAUGAUUUUAUGCUACUGACCGAAAAAUUCGCCUCGCUCGGCCAUCUUGAUGUGAAGGCGAAGAACGAAUUUCGUGACAUCAUGAGAACUACCUGGGAAUCACAGUGGGGUGAAAUAACGCCCUAUAAUCUAGUCACCGUGGAGCAGUAUCUCACCGAGAUGCAUCAUGUCGUCAAUGAUAAGGAUCUCAAGAAGAAGGUGCACCGCUUUCUGCCCUACCUGUACAAGGCCGUUGACAAGGAUCGAUCGGGAUCCAUCUCGCUGAAUGAAUUCAAAUUGUUCUUCCGCUGCCUGGGUCUGACGGAGGAGAAUGCAGCUGUUUCGUUUGCGGUGAUCGACAAAAAUGGCGACGGUCAGAUUACGCUGGACGAAUUCGUCAAGCUUGGCAAAGACUUCUUCGUCAGCGAGAAGGAAGCACACGUUUCACGCAUGUUCUGGGGACCGCUGGUUGAUCACUAGAGAACGUUCAUCCAUGCGAACAUUCUAAAUUGCCACACACACACACACACACACACAAAUAUUGCGCAAUCGAACUUACUAAAUAACCGUAGGAUGUGACAAGUGUUUAGGGUGUAAGUAUAUGGUAGCAUUUAAGCUGAUGAUUUGUUCUUUCCUCUGUGCGUGCAACUCGUUCGUGUACUAUCCACUACCAUCGCUCAUUUCAUACUACAUACCGGUCUUAUCCGGCCGAGCUUCUAACCGAAAAAAUGUUGUCAACACAAUUCAACAGAAUGUAAGCAUCAUUUGUGAUAGAGCAAUAAAGCGUAUUUUGAAUACAAAAACAAAGAA